UUGAUGCCUCCUGAAAGAAUACUAGACAGGGGACGCGCAUCCAAAGCCUGCUCCGCCUGUCGCAAGCAAAAGACAAGAUGCUAUGAUGGAGUUUCUGGAAAAUCUUGUCUUCGAUGUGAGAGGCUUGGCAAUGAGUGUUCGCUCAUUACGGAGGUCCGGAUGCAAUGGACCAGUAAUGCGGGUACAGAUGAAACUCAUAAUGAUCAUGAAAGAAUAGAACGACUCGAACAACUGGUUGCCACAUUCGCGAGGCGAUUAGACGAUGUUGAAUCUAUCCUACCCCCAAAGGCACGGUAUCAAGAUCGAGCAGACGGCGGUAGCCAAGUGCAGUAUGACCGCGAAACGGAAGCAUUCAGUGCACCACUGUUUGUGCUUCGAGAUGCGGCAACUCAAUCCGGAUUGCGAGUAGCGGACGACACGACAGCAGCCACUCCUGCUCGGGCCCAAUCCGACGAUAUCAUCCUACAAGGCUUACUUAGCGAAGAAGAAGCAACAUUUUUGUUAAAUCUAUUUCGCGAAAGUUACGGCCGUUGGGUUGCAUUCGACUCCUCUAUGCCAAUCCAGCACUUACUGCAAGACGCUCGCAAGUCGCCAAUCUUGUUAGUCGCAUGUUGUUUGAUCGCAGUGCGUAACACGUCAGCCACCCAAGCAGCACGUCUCGCCCCAGGAUUAUGUGCGCAUGUAAAGAAGUUGCUAUCUCAAGCGAUGCUUAGUGUACCACAGCCCAUUGACUUUUUCCAGUCAGUGCUAGUACUCAGUCUAUGGUCAACCACUGUCGGGAAGAUACCACUCGGCAUCGAUGGUUGGCUUCUUAGCGGGUUCGCUCUUCAGCAUAGUAUGGCAAGCAGCUUGUUCGUUUCAUCUAGUCAAGAACUUCGAAACGGUCUAGAGAAAACAGAGCUGGACCACUUGUGCAUCUGGAAUCAUAUUUGUCUUGCCCAUCUUCAUUACUGUGUCGGGACACACCGAAGAUCCGUCCUCACUCAAGACGAUGUGAGUAGGUGUCGGUUGAUACUAAGCGCGGACCAUGCUACGAAUUUUGAGUCCAGAAUGGUCGCAGAGGUCCAUCUAUAUUGGAUAAUUUACCAAAAUUGUAACACAUGGAUCGAUUUACCCAAGGCCCAGGCUGCAUUGAAUUCCUGGAAAAUGGAGUGGGGAUUUCUUCUAGACCAACCGGAUGCCCAAUUCAUUCAGAUGGGUUUCUGGUUCGCGCAACUUCUUUUCCACGACCGCGCGCUCAGAACCCAACCCACCCUUUCGUCCCCCCUCUUCUCAGAAAUGAUCCGGUUAUCAACAUCCAUCAUGAAAUGUGCAAUUGAAUCUAGCGAUCAUCAAACACCCUAUCUCACCGACCACAUCUUCCACAUGAUCAGCUUCGCUGCUGUUACGCUCUGUCGCCUCCUCCACAAAAACGAAGAACAACUCUCUUCCACACAUAGCAUUCAGGCUCUUGACAAUGAAGUGAUAGCUGUGGUGGUGUGGCUUCAUGGCGUGGGCCUUCCGUGCCAUGUGGCGCAUACCAUGGGCGAUGUCGUGCUAGCCAUUCACAGCAGAUUACGACCGGAGUUCAAUAUCGAGACGAGGAAUCAAAUGGUAGGUGGGGUGGAUGAAGGGGUCCAAGAGGAUUUUGCGCUGUUGUUUCCAGAGUUUUAUGGGCUGGCUGCUUGGGAUGUGAUUAACGGUUCUAUGCUGCCUACCUUCUGA